AGUGUCUCAGAGCGUCGACUUUUUCAGCGUGGGCAGGGACACUGUUACGAUGGCCAGAGUUAUACUGCUGCUGCUUAUAGUAACGAUGGCCACUGUGACCCAAGCUGGUGUGGGUCGAGUGGUCAUCCCGAUUCCAGAAGGAUCGCCUUUUCUGUGUCGCGACGAAACAGGCGUUUACCCUGAAGGCUCCACCUGGUAUUUGGAAAGAUGUCAAAGGAAAUACUGCACACGCGAAGGGAACAAUAUGAUUAUCACUCAUCACAUUUGUGCUCCGAUGGGUGCUGUUGGGAACUGUAAAUGGGUGGAAGAUGAAACUUUGAACUUCCCUGGUUGCUGCCCUAGGCCUAUAUGCACGUAAGAACGAUUCCGAAUUGUACCCAGAGAGGACCACCGUUGUCAGUAUUGCAUGAUUUCACUAGUGCAAUAAACCCUUUGUUCAUCCUU